CUGUAAUGUAAAGUUACGCAAUUGUCAAUUUGUCAUAUUGUUGUGAAAAACUUUGUUGAUAAUUUUGACCCAAUGAGUUUUGUCAUUUAAUUUCUUUAUUUUUUCGAAGUUUCUUAUUAUUUAAAUCCAAGAGUCCUUGCAAAAUGUACCCUCGAUGUGGAAGUAGUGGUUCCAUUCAAAACAUUCAUCAGACUCCUUCAUCAUCUAACCAUAACUCUGAGGAUGAAGAUGAUAGUGGGGAUAAUAAAGCAUCUGCCAUCAGUUUUAAAGAACGGAGAAGGGAAGCACAUACACAGGCUGAACAGAAAAGAAGAGACGCUAUCAAGAAAGGUUAUGAUUCAUUGCAAGAGUUAGUUCCCACUUGUCAACAAACAGAUGCUUCUGGAUAUAAACCAAGCAAAGCUGCUGUGCUUCAAAAAUCAAUAGACUACAUACAGUACUUGUUACAACAACGUCGUCGGCAGGAGGAUGAACGGAACGCUCUUCGUAAAGAUGUUAUAGCAUUGCGCAUUAUGCAGGCUAAUUAUGAACAAAUUGUGAAAGCUCAACAUUCUGUACCUGGUCACAAUGAACAGAGGCUUACUGAUCAAGACAAGUUCCAAGUUUUUCAGGGUAUAAUGGAUAAGUUAUUUGAAUCUUUUGAGUCGGUGCCUACUAACAAUUUCGCCGAAUUCUCAGGAGGUGUAUUCAAUUGGCUUGAGGAAUAUUGCAAACCACAGUCAUUGAGAACCAUGGUGCAUGAUGUGUUAAGAGAACAAAAUUAUACUCCUUGAGCUAAUUGAAAAAAAAAUAACACAAGUACUUGUAGUUACAUAUAGCGUUGUACGAAACCAAAAUAUUAUUUGCCACAUUUUAUUAUAUAGUAACUAGUCAAUAUAAAGGCGAACUGCUUAAGUGGGCCCUCAUUGAAUUGUUGGCGAUGUUUUUUUAUUAUUUUAAACUCAAAAGAUUUCCAUUGUUAUGUUCCGAAUAAUAUUAUGGAUGUAAUAUUACAAAAAUAUUAUUUGUAUAUUCUUAUUUUAAUUUUUAAAUCUACGAAAUCUUUUGUGCCAUUAAAUUUUGAAGUUUAAGAGGCUGCUACCAACACAGUUAAGCAAAUUGUCUAUAAAAUAUGCAUUAUAAGAAUUAUUUUAUUUACAUAAGAUGUUAUGAAAGUUUUUCAUACUUAUGUCUUGUUUUCAAUCAAGUCGUAUAAUCCGAAUUACACCACCUGUUUUCAAUUUGUGUGGCUUCUAUUAAGUCCAUUCCAAGAUGCAUAAAAAGUCUGACGGAGCUAUGUUACGUAUAUUUUCAUAUGAUGUAUAUAUCUAACCACAAGCAAACUCCACGUGCGCUCGUAAAUUACUAAAACUAUCUAUAAUAUAUAUAAUAAGUAUCGACUUUAUAAUUGUUAAUAUAUAGGAUCAUUUUGCCUAAUAAAUGUGUUCAAGUAAUAAUAUAUUACCAUUCGUUCCUAGUGUAACAAUAAAUAUUUUGAAUUGUAAGUUUAGCAUUUUUGAAAGAGACUUGAUGUAUAGAAUUUUGACAACGUUUUUAUUCACUCCAGGUAGAACAAAAUGAAGCCUUAGAAAAAUAUUGAUUAAAUUUUAAAUUAGAAAUAAUAAUAAACUAUGGGUUCAGGUCUAAGAUUCACGUAAAGAGUGUGAAAUAUUAGUAGUAAAUACCUAACUAUAAAAUUCUUGUUAUUGUUAUUUUUGUAAGUUUGAAAGGUACAUAAUAUUAUGUAUAUGGAUUGUUGUUUUCAUUGUUUUAAAUAUUGAUUCUAUAAUCAAUAUUAAUAAUGUAUUAUUAUUAGUUGAAACUUUAUUUUUUAUUUACAUGUUUAAUACACCCUAUACAACGACAAUAUGAGUGCCUUGUGUACAUAAUUUGCAUUAUUAUACAAAAUGCAUUAUUAUCUAUUUAUAUAUAAUUAUAAAAUAAAUAUAAUUCUG